CUGUACAUCGGCUAGUGCAUGAUGGAGCAAAUCAUCCAUCUCCAAGAUUGUACGUUGCAAGGGCCUAGAUGGACGAACCAGAGAAGCAUUCCCAGUCCCAGCUGCUUCUAUUGUAUCCUCGUGGGCAGAUUGGCGUGAAGAAACUGAGACUGACACUGCCAGUAGCUUGCAUUUUUAGUAAAAAAAUCUCACACAUGUUUAAUCAAAUCCUCAUCUUUUUUCUGCUUCGCCUUCUAGCUUGCAGCUGUUCAAAAGAUGAUAUAUGCAUUCCUUCAGCAUGCGGUGACAUCCGCAACAUUUCUUACCCUUUUCGACUGCAAAGUGAUCCGAUCACUUGCGGUGAUUUUGAUUAUAACUUAUCCUGUGAAAACAAUUCGACUGCCAGCUUACACUUAGAGGGUCAUAAGAAAUAUUUGGUGAAGGCAAUCAACUACGAUAGUUUCACAAUCAGACUGGCGGAUGCUGGUGUUGAUCCCCGUGAUUGCGCAUCCAUGCCUCGCUCUGCUUUGCUUGAUCCAGACGGAACUUUUCCAUAUUCAUACUCUGUGUCGGGAAAACAACCUAAAUUAGUGCAGAUGAUAUAUUUCAUAAAGUGUCCAAAACCAGUGUUAUCCCCUCUGUACAAAGAUAUGGGAUCUUGCGAGGGAAAUGGUUCUUAUUCCUAUGUGAAUAUAGGCGGUAUGGAUGCGUCCGAUGUGAUGGACUCGUGCAGGAUUGAAAUGGUGAGCCUGCUCCCAGGUCAUAAGGAUUAUCAGAAGAUGAACAUGUCCUUCAUUCAAAUUCACAACGAUCUUGCAUAUGGUUUCGAGCUUUCUUGGUUCAGCAUCAACUGUAAAAAAUGCGAUUAUGGAUCAUGCUAUCUUGACAGCGCAAACCAUAUACAAUGCGAACACAAUAGAGAACCUCUUGUCCAAGUGCUGCACUUUAUAAUCACAAGUCUGCUCCAAAUAUUUCUCCCCGGCAUUGCAAUAAUUUUUGUCGUAAGAAGUAUCUGUGGGACUCCAUUUAUAGUUGCAUUUUUGGUGUACAAAUGGCGAAAAAGACAUUUAUCAGAAUAUGAUACUAUCGAAGAAUUUCUACAGAGUCACAACAACCUAAUGCCUGUAAGAUAUACUUACUUUGACAUUCGGAAAAUGAGCGGAAGAUUUAAGGAAAAAUUGGGCGAAGGAGGCUUUGGUGCUGUUUUCAAAGGAAAGCUUCGCAGCGGACGGUUUGCAGCCAUCAAGAUGUUGAAGAAGCCUGAAUCUGGAGGACAAGAUUUUAUGAGCGAAGUUGCUACUAUCGGCAGGAUACACCAUACUAAUAUCGUAACUUUAAUUGGAUUCUGUGUCGAGGGGUCAAAACGUGCUCUUGUGUACGAUUUCAUGUCUAAUGGAUCUCUUGAUAAAUUUAUAUUUGCUCCAGAAGGAUCGGUCUCUUUAAGCUCGGAAAUGCUGCAUAAGAUUGCUCUAGGAGUUGCUCGUGGCAUUGAAUAUCUGCAUCGAGGUUGUGACAUACAAAUCCUUCAUUUCGACAUCAAGCCACAUAAUAUACUUCUCGAUGAAAAUUUCAUUCCAAAGAUUUCUGAUUUCGGUCUAGCUAAAUUCUAUCCGACAAAGGGAACCAUUGAUUCUCUUACAGCAGCACGAGGAACUAUAGGUUACAUGGCGCCGGAGCUGUUCUACAAAAACAUCGGACGAGUCUCAUACAAAGCAGAUGUGUACAGUUUUGGGAUGUUGCUACUGGAAAUGGCAGGGAAACGGAAGAAGGUGAAUGCAUCCGCAGAAAAUUCAAGUCAAAUUUACUAUCCAUUCUGGGUUUAUGACCAACUUUCUAAAGGAAAGUUUGAAAUAAGCGAAUCAACAGAGGAGGAAAAUAUAGUAGUAAGGAAAAUGAUUCUAACAGGAUUAUGGUGUAUACAAAUGCAGCCGUCUGAUCGGCCUCCGAUGAACAAAGUUGUAGAAAUGCUUGAAGGAGAUUUAGAAAGUCUGCGAUUGCCACCUAGGCCUGUUCUGUAUCCAGAGGAGCCGAGGAUGAUGGUUGAAGGAGAAUCAUCAACCGAGUGUACUACAGAAUCAAGCAGCUUAAUUCAAAAUCCAGCCUUAUAAUGGUAGUACAGCCAUAUCAUUGCCACGAGCAAGUACAAACAUAAAGUAAUCGGACGUACUACAUUUGAAACCAAGAUGCUCGAGGAAAUGAAGUUGCUUAAACUUUUUCUAACAAGAGCUUGUGUACUGUCAUCACUGAUUGGGAAUCGACAAUACCAGCUCGACUCGACUAUACCUCUAUUGAUAAUGGUCUGUAAUAUUUAAAUUAAAUAACAUUUAAGUUCACAAA